AUGGCCGCGAGUCUCCGCGGUUACGUUUGGACUGGCUUUGAUAACGAAAGCGAAGAGGAUUCUAGGGAGGAAGAUUUAAGAGGAAUAUAUCGUCGACGUGGUGGUGGUGGUAGUAGUGGUGCAAGUAUUAGAGGAAGACAAGGAAGAAAUCCAUUGUUUAUUUUACGGCCAUUGCUAUCGUCGUUACCAGGUCGACGAUUUGGUUCAAGGCCAAGAGCCGAUGGACAAUUACGUCAGAAUGACGUUCAGGAAACAAUAGUUGCUCAAUCUAAUAUAACUAGACGUCGUUUUCAUACAACAGCUGUUCUUGCACUUAAACAGUGCAAGAGAAAACAAACCGCCAGAGUGAGGAAGUGCGUUUGUCUCCCCUCCAAUUAUGCCCUCGUCGAGUUCCCGGUUGUCUGGUCGGAACUUAGAGCUAAUAGACAGCUUUGCGACGGUGCCAUCAGGUGUGCCAAGGACGAGUUAUUUCCUGUUCAUCGAGCCAUACUUUCCGCGGUUAGUCCUUACUUCAAAGCCCUAUUCACUAACAGCCUCAAGGGUGGUAAAAGUGAGACUACCGAGGUAGUUAUCGAUUCGGUUCCCAGUGAAAUCUUUGCUCUGAUCCUCGAUUAUGCUUAUACUGGGACUUGCAACGUUAAUGCUGACAAUGUUGAACAACUUUUACCUUUGGCUGAUCAAUUCGAAGUACUCGGUGUUGUUCAAUUAUGUUGUCAAUUUCUUUUGCAAGAACUCAAGCCGGACAAUUGUUUAGGAAUAUUUAAAUUUGCUCGUCAUUAUUUCUGUCGGGAUCUCGAAGAGAAAGGUAGAAGAUACAUUCGUCAUCAUUUCAAACAAAUACUUUACGAGAGUACCGAGUUCAAAGAAUUACAAUCGGAUGAAUUGGAAUCGAUAUUAUUGGAUGACGAAUUAAACGUUAAAAACGAGGAAAUAGUAUUCGAGGCUGUUAAAACUUGGAUCGAGUAUAAAAUAGAUGAUAGAAAGAUUUAUUUGGCAAAAUUAUUGGAAUGUAUUCGUUACGGAUCGAUGAGUUACAAUUAUUUUCUUGACAAUGUUCUCAAUUGGAAAUACGUUAAGGAAGAUGAUGCCUGUCAACGAAUAUUACAGUCAGCUAAGACUUACUUAACCGAACAGGAUAGCAAACAGAAUGGUGAAAUCGACAUGAGGAAUCCAUUGUCAAGACCAAGAGUACCCUACGAAAUCCUUUUUGCUAUUGGUGGCUGGAGUGCCGGUUCUCCAACUAGUUUUGUUGAGACUUACGAUACUAGAGCUGACAGAUGGUUUCUGUCGGUAAGCACGGAUCUAACACCACGAGCUUAUCAUGGGAUUUGUGCACUCAAUGAUCUCAUCUACAUGAUUGGGGGAUUCGAUGGGAAUGAACAUUUCAAUACCGUAAGGUGUUUCGAUCCAGUUACAAAGGAAUGGCGUGAACGAGCUUGCAUGUAUCACGCUAGGUGUUACGUUAGCGUUUGUACGCACGGUGGCAAGAUUUACGCAUUGGGUGGUUACAAUGGAAGAACCAGAAUGAAUUCAGCGGAAAGAUACGAGCCUCAGAAAAAUCAAUGGGAAAUGAUACCCUCGAUGAAUCGUCAACGUUCGGAUGCAAGUGCAGCUGCACUUAACAACAAGAUCUACAUAGUCGGUGGUUUCAAUGGUCAAGAAAUUCUCGACUCGGCUGAAGUCUAUGAUCUUGAAAGCAAUCAAUGGAGUUACAUUAGAUCGAUGAUCAGUCCUAGAUCCGGUGUAUCAUUGGUUGCAUUUCGUGAUAGUCUUUACGCAUUGGGUGGCUUCAAUGGUUUCAUUAGGCUAAGUUCCGGAGAACGUUACAGUCCAAAUAAUUCUGAGGAUUGGCAGGAGGUCACAGAAAUGUUCAGUCCACGUAGUAAUUUUGCCACGGUUAUUCUCGACGAUAUGAUAUUCGUCAUUGGUGGUUUCAAUGGUACGACUACUAUUGCUUACGUUGAGUGUUACGAUGCUGACAGCAACGAAUGGUACGAUGCCUCACCUAUGAAUCUUAAUCGAAGUGCACUUAGUGCAUGUGUGAUAUCAGGUCUAUCAAAUGCACGAGAGUAUUCUUAUCUGAGCAAAGUACGAGAUCUUGGUCAAGGACAAGCUACUACAAAUAAUCGAGGUAAACCUGAUCAAGCGGGAGAAGGUCCUACCGAGACAAAUGUUGCUAUGAUCAUAGACGAAGCUGUCGGUAGGGAUGCUGCUGGACCAAUCGAUGGUAUGGCCGAGGGUGUUGUUGCAAAUUAUCACGAAGUUAACGACGAGGAACAAGAAAAUCUUUCGUAAUGUCGUGUAACACAGGAAAAACAGGGAUGAUAUUCUGAUUUAUUUUUUUUUCAAUUAUUAUUUUAAAAAUUUAUUAGAA